AAGGAAGAAAACAAGCAUGGAAAAGUUAGCAAAAGCUCCACCAUGGUGACGAACGAGAGACACAUGCCACAACAUCAAGUGUUUAUCAAUUUCUGGGGGGAAGAGGUCCGUUUCAGCUUCAUCAGCCAUCUGGUUUCCGCCUUUUCAAGGGAAGGAGUCAACGUUUUCAUAGAGACAAAUGAGAAGAGAGGUGAGGAUGAUCUUGAAAAAACUUUCCAGAGUAUAGAGGAUUCGAAAAUUGCGCUAGUUGUGUUCUCGAGCAAGUACACAGAAUCAAGAUGGUGCUUAAAUCAGCUGGUCAAGAUCAAAGAACGCAUGGACGAACGCAAACUCUUAAUCAUUCCAAUAUUCUACAAGGUGGAGCCAUCACAGGUGAAAGAACUGGAGGGAGAUUUUGGUCUUAAGCUUUGGAAUUUAUGGAGGAUUCAUCGAGACCACCGUAUCAUAAAGUGGAAGGACGCUUUGGAGUCUGUUGCAGCCACGACGGAUUUCUGUUUGAAGGAGCAUAGUUCUUCAGAGUGCGAGUUCAUCACUCUGAUCGUUGAGAAGGUCCUGAGCAGUAUUUCAUCGCUGGAAGGAGAAAAUCCAUUUUUCAUAUCUACUUCAGGGAGACGAAAAACUACUAGAUUGUCCCCUAAAAAAGGAGAAAAACACGAAAGUUUUCUUAAGAAAAAUCCCCUCUUUGGCCAUGAGCGACGGAUGAAGCAACUGGAGCAGAAAUUAGAAUUUGAUUGCAACGAAACUCGAAUUAUUGGAGUUGUUGGAAUGGCUUGCAUUGGUAAAACCACUCUCGCAAUGAUGUUGCACGAAAAGUGGAACUGCAAGUUUGUACGUUGCGUGCCUCUUUUGGAUAUCCGUAAGAUGUCGGAGGACUACAGGCCAGCAUGGUUGCGAAAGACACUUCUUGAAGUGCUACUUGGGGGUAAGUUUCCAGUCAUAAAUGACAAGACGACACAUGAAUCCUUGAAGGAUAAACUGCUUAAAACUAAGGUUUUUGUUGUUCUGGAUGAUGUGAGUAACAAGAAGCAGUUAAAGUUUCUCCUCGGUGACCUUAAUUGGAUCAAGAAGGGAAGUAAAGUUGUUAUUACAUCACGUGAUAAGUCACUGAUCGAAGAAUUCGUUCAUGAUACUUAUGUGGUACCUCCACUGAACUAUGGAGAGGCCUUACAGCUCUUUAGCUAUCAUGCCUUUGGUGAUCAUGUUGUUCAUCCCUCUGUAACUUCCACGAAGCUGUGCAGAGAGUUUUUGGAUUGCGCUGGAGGCAAUCCACUAAUUAUCAAGUUACUAGGUAAGAAACUUCAUGGGAGAGAUGAGGCUCAAUUGGAAAUCAGACAAGGAGAUCUGACACACCUCGGCAGGGUGAUUCUAGAUAUCUUUAGAUCUAGUUGUGAUGAACUGAGUGCGAAACAGAAAGAUGUAUUUCUCGACAUAGCGUGUUUUUUCAGAUCAGAGAAUGAUUAUUUUGUUAGGAGUCUAAUGGAUUCCGGAGACCAUAACGCUACUGAUACUGAGAGUGAAGUAAGAGAUCUCACCCAUAAAUGCAUGAUUGCUAUUUCCGGCUGCCGAGUGGAGAUGCAUGAUCUCCUGUAUAUGCUCGGCAAGAUAUUUAGCUCACAAGCAUUGGUUGAGGAAAAUGGAGGGAAAAGUAGACUGUGGUAUACUCGGGAAAUUAUUGAUGCACUGACCAACCAAAAGGAUACAAAGAACAUGAGAGGUAUUUUCCUAGACAUGGCUGAGGUAACAGAGCGAAUGGUUUUACCCAGGCUAACCUUCAUCCAUAUGAUCAAUCUUCGAUAUCUCAAAAUAUAUGAUUCUUGUUGUCCUUGGUCAUGUAAAGCUCUCUGCAAAUUAUAUUUUCCUGAUGGGGUCAUGUUCCCUUUGGACAAGGUUCGGUAUCUCCAUUGGAAGAACUUUCCAUUGGAGGAACUUCCAUCAGAUUUCAGACCGGAGAAUCUUGUUGACCUAAGGUUGCCAUACAGCUUGGUUGAACGUGUUUGGCAAGGUGUUAAGGAUACACCACAGUUGAAGUGGGUAGAUCUAAGCCACUCGAGUAAGUUGCUUAACUUGUCCGGAUUGGAGAAGGCUGAAAGUCUUCAGAGAUUAAAUCUGGAAGGGUGCACGAAUUUAGAUGAAUUGCCAGGGGAGAUGCAAAAUAUGAAGUCUCUUGUUUACCUUAACCUGAGAGGAUGCAUACGUCUUUCGUCUCUUCCAAAGAUGAAUUUAAUCUCUUUGAAAACUCUCAUCCUCAGCAGUUGUUCUAACCUUAGGGAAUUUCAGGUCAUUUCCAAAAGUCUAGAAGUUCUACAUUUAGAUGGCACUUCCAUCAGGGGGCUUCCUCCGUCUAUCGAGAAUCUCCAAAGGCUAGUCGUAUUCAAUUUGAAAAACUGCAAAAUGUUGGAGUCUCUUCCCAACUGUCUAGGCCAGCUCAAAGUUCUUGAAGAGCUGAUACUCUCUGGUUGUUCAAGGCUCAAGAAUUUUCCAGAUAUCAGACAAAGCAUGAAGCAUGUCCAGAUAUUACUUUUUGAUGGGACAGGAGCAACAGAGAUGCCAAAGAUAUCAUGCUUCACUGGAUCGAAUGACCAAGAUUCUGUAGAUAUGGUGUUACAACUUUCUGGCUCAUACCUUAGUGAGUGGCCACGUGGUUUGGAUGGAGUAUCCUCACUACGACGUCUAUGUUUGAGUGGAAAUGAUUUCGCCAGUCUGCAAAAUGACAUUGGGCAACUUUACAAUCUGAUAUGGCUUGACGUGAAGCAAUGCAAGAAGCUUAGAUCUAUUCCGAUGCUUCCACCAAGACUUCAGUACUUUGAUGCUCAUGGCUGUGAUUCACUGGAAAAAGUUGCAAGUCCUCUUGCCGUUCUUCUGCUGACAGAGCAGGUCCAUGCCAUGUUCAAUUUUUCCAACUGUAAUAAGCUGGAUCAAGACGCACAGGAUAGUAUCAUUUCCUAUACUCGGCAGAGAAGCCAGUUGAUGCUAGGUGCACUAAGUCGAUACAAUGGGGGUAUUACUUUGGAACCUUUGGUUGGAACUUGCUUUCCUGGAUGGGAAGUACCGGAGUGGUUCAGUCACCGAGGCUCUGGAUCAGUGUUACAGCCAAAGCUGUCUCCACACUGGUGUGACAACAGGUUCACUGGGAUAGCUCUAUGUGCUGUUAUCUUAUUUUCUGGCUACCAUGAGCAGAGGAAUCGUCUCUUGGUGAAUUGUGAUUUUGAGUUCGAGAACGAGGACGGGUCUAGUAUCCAUUUUAGUUGCACUGUUGGAGGUUGGAACGAACUUAGUAACACACCACAGGAAAUGGAGUUGUCUCAUGUCUUUAUUGGCUAUACUAGUAGGUUGGAUAUUAGCAAACAAGGCGGGUAUGAUGAAGAGAGAUGUUUUUGUAGUAAAAGCUCCCUAGAGUUUCAAGUGACAGAUGGUACAGAAAAAGUAGUAGGUUGUGCGGUGCUUCAGUGUGGCUUUAGUUUGGUAUAUGCAACUGAUGACAGGGAGAAUAUAUACGGGGAUGCAAAGACUGUGGUGGUUCCAAAGAGGGUUAAGAAUGUUCCGGGUGAAGAAAUGUCUUAUGGAAAUUCCCGAAGGGAUGAUGAUUUCCAGUAUCAGUCUUAUUCUGGUCCAACUCUGCGAAGGGAUGAAAAUUUUCUUAGUGAAAGAAAAUCUGAUGCUACCCAAAAUUUACGGAAGAGCUUUGGAAACAGAAGAUUCGACCUCUAUAAAAACCCAGGAGGAGAAGUUACUAUAAGCUCUCAUCAUUACAACACACCUACAGAAAAUGUAGAAAAGUCUUCUUUAGUUGGAGUUGAACUACGCCUCAAGCAGCUAGAAAAGGUGCUCUAUUCAACGCCCGGGAAAACUCGCAUUGUUGGAGUCAUUGGGAUGCCAGGAAUUGGGAAAACAACUCUUGCAAAACUUUUGUUUGAAAAGCGUGGUUGUAAGUUUCCACGUAACUUCUUUUUAACAGUCUCCAAGGACUACAUCUCGGAGGAGCUGAAGAGAACAUAUCUGGAAGAGUUACUCAAACACAGUCAAAACAUAAGUGAAGAGACAACAAAUGAAUCCGUGAAGGAUAAACUGCUCCAGACUAAAGUGUUUGUUGUCCUCAACAACGUGAGUGACAAGAAGCAGUUAGAGUUUCUCCUUGGAAACCUCAACUGGAUUAAUAAAGGAAGCAAGAUCGUUGUUACAGCAUCUGACAAGUCAUUGGUAGAGGGAUUGGCUCAUGAAACUUAUGUGGUUCCGCAUUUGAACAACAGAGAGGCCUUUAAAGUUUUUAGUUAUCAUGCCUUUGAUGGUAAAAUCUGUAUUCCGACGGAGACCUUCCUGUCAUUGUCCAUAUUGUUUGUGGAUAAUGUUGGAGGCAACCCACUAGCUCUCAAGUUACUAGGCAGUGAACUCUGUGGGAAAGACGAAGCCUACUGGAAACAUAAACUGCAAACAGUGAUACAAAAUUCAAAUACGAAUAUCCAAGAUGUCUGGAGAUUAUAUACUGAUCAACUUACUGAGCGGCAUAAAGGCGUGCUUCUCGACAUAGCAUGUUUUUUCAGAUCAGAGGAUGAGUAUUUUAUUAAGAGUCUACUGGAUUCAGGAGAUCCUGACUCUACGGAUGUGAGCGAAGUAAGAGAUCUUGCUGAGAAAUUCUUGAUUACAAUCUGUGACGGCCGAGUUGAGAUGAAUGAUCGACACUACACGUUCUGCAAGGACCUUGGUUCUCGUGGGGGACUCAGGUUGUGGAAGUACAGUGAUAUACUUGACGAGCUGAGAAAAAUGAAACAACUGGAGGCUAAUAAUGAUGUGAGAGGAAUUUUUUUUGACAUGUCUGAGGUAAUUAAAAGCAUUGCCUUGGAGCGAACGACCUUCAUCCAUAUGCACAAUCUACGGUACCUUAAAAUAUACGAAUCAUGUUGUCCUCGGAAAGGUAGAUCUGACUGCAAAUUACAAUUUCCUGAUGGGGUUGAUUUCCCCUUGGAAGAGGUCAGAUAUUUUCACUGGCUGAAAUAUCCAUUGGAGGAACUUCCACCAGACUUCAGACCAGAGAAUCUUGUUGACCUAAGGCUGCCUUACAGCAAGGUUAAGCGUCUUUGGAAAGGCGUUAAGGAUAUACCAAGGUUGAAGUGGGUAGAUCUAAGCCACUCGAGUAAGUUGCUUAACUUGUCAGGAUUGGCAAAGGCCGGAAGUCUUCAGAGAUUAAAUAUGGAAGGCUGCACGAAUUUGGAUGAGUUGCCAGGGGAGAUGCAAAAUAUGAAGUCUCUCGUUUACCUGAAUAUGAGAGGAUGCAUACGUCUUAGGUCUCUUCCAAAGAUGAAUUUGACCUCCUUAAAAACACUCAUCCUCAGUGAUUGCUCAAACCUCAAGGAAUUUCAGGUCAUUUCCAACAGUCUAGAAGUUCUACAUUUAGAUGGCACUGCCAUCAAGGGACUUCCUCUAGCCAUCCAGAAACUUGAAAGACUUGUCGUAUUAAAUUUGAAAAACUGCAAAUUGCUGGAGUGUCUUCCCAAUUGUCUCGGCGAGUUGAAAGAUCUUGAAGAGAUAAUACUCUCUGGUUGUUCAAGGCUUAAGAAUCUUCCAGAUGUCAGGCAGAGCAUGAAACAUGUUCAGAUUUUACUUUUUGAUGGGGCUGGAGUAGAUGAGAUGCCAAACGUAUCAUGCUUCAUUGGAUCCGAAGGAAAAGCUUCCGUAGAUAUGUCUUUCCAAAAUUUUGGAUCAUACGGCAAUCCUAGCGAGUGGCCACGCCGUGUUAACAGAGUAUCCUCACUUCGACGUCUAUGUUUAAGUGGAAACGACUUUGUCAGCCUGCAAAAUGACAUCGGGCAACUCUACAAUCUGAUAUGGCUUGACGUGAAGCAAUGUAAGAAGCUUAGAUCUGUUCCCAUGCUACCACCCAGACUUCAAUAUUUUGAUGCUCAUGGCUGUGAUUCACUGGAAAGAGUUGCAAAUCCUCUUGCCCUUCAAGUAGUGACGGAGCAGAUCCAUGCCACCUACAAUUUUUCUAACUGCAACAAGCUGGAUCAAGACGCAACGGAUGCUAUCAUAUCUUACACUCGGUGGAAAAGUCAGUUGAUACUAGAUGCACGAAGUCGAUACAAUGGGGGCUUUGCUUUGCAAGCUUUGAUUGGAACUUGCUUUCCUGGAUGGGAAGUACCAACAUGGUUCACUUACCGAGCGACUGGAUCCUUGUUAGAACCAAAGCUGCCUCCACACUGGUUUGACAGCAGGUUUACUGGAAUAGCUCUAUGCGCUGUGAUUCUUUUUCCAGCCUACCAAAACCAGCGGAACAAUCUCUUUGUAAAAUGUAAUUGUGAGGUCAAGAAUGAAGAUGGAUCUCGUAGCCUCUUUAGUUGCCCUGUUGGAGGGUGGAGCGUACCUGGUGAGAAAAUUGAAUCGUCUCAUGUCUUUAUUGGUUAUACCAGUAAGUUGGAUAUCAAAAAACUUCGCGAAGACAAUGAGGAAGGAUGUGUUCAUACUGAGGCUUCAUUUGAGUUUCAAGUGACAGAUGGUACAAAAGAUUUAAAAGUUUGCAAGGUACUGAAGUGUGGCUUUAGUUUGGUAUAUGAAUCUGAUGAUUUGCAGGUUAAUUUUGGUGAACACGAAACCACUAUUGAAGCAAAUCAGGACAUAACAUCAUCAAGUUGGAUACAAGAUUUCUUUGGUUACAUCUUUUUGGCAUUCUCUUGCGUGAUCAUCUAUGCGAUAUUGGGUUUCGGUGUGAUAGUCUUUGCUCCUCAGUAUUACAUGAGCUUUUCAGAUUUCUGCUGGCCGUUACUUGCUCGUAUUCUUUUAUUGGUGGCCUUUGGAUUGUUUCUCAAACAGUAAGCACCAAGACCAAACCAGAAAGAAAGCCGAUAAUUUGAAUGUCUACUUCAUAUUUUAUUAGAAGAAUUUGAGAAUUGAUGUUGAACAGAAACUAAAGCUCUCAUGAAGAAGACACGAUAAGCUCGAGAGAAUAAUAUGGAAAUUAUAAU